AUGCGUCGCCGAGACAGCGUCAACAACCCCUCCAAAACACUGCCGUCAACAACCCCGACCAAGCGGCUUCAUCCCUCGCCCCGCCUUCCCUUUGCAGCAUCCUUGGGAGAGAGACGAACGACGGCCAUCGUCAGCAGACCGCCCUUUCUCGUCAGACGAUCCGGAGGCCAGCAGACGCCGGUUCCGGUCCCGGCCCAUCGACCGACGCUCCCUCGACCCUCGACGAGCAGCAGGCGACCCCAAACCGACGUCCCGACGCCCCCUUCGGCCCGCCCGCCGCUUCGUCUUCGAGAUCACAAUCGACUGCACAAUGUGCCGCUUCUGACGUCGACCACCAGCCGAUCCACCGUUGCGAAAGCCGCCGCCAGAAUGCCCGUCGAUCGACCGCGGCAGCGCCAGCCGGCUCCUGCCGUGGCCAGACCCGUCAACCGCACCCCCAUCACCCCCAAGAUUGCUGCCAAGGGCCCGUCGCCGACUACGCCUCUGGCCAGGAGACCGCAGAUGAGAGACGACGUCUCCUCCUCUCCCGCAGCCUUCGACAACGUGACCCCUCGUUCCGGCCCACGUCAACAGCGCGUCGAUAGCGUCAACACCACGCCGAGCGCCUACACGAUUUCGCAUACGAUCGUGGAGAGGGGCGAUGGCUGGGAUGCGAGUAGCAGGAGCGGCUUGGGAACGCCGAGCUCCGACCUUUCGCGGAUGAAGAUCGACUCCCCGGCCGAGAUGGGCGACUCCAAGUUCUUCUACGCGAGCGAUGCCAAAACCGUGCAAGGCGCCACCCUCCAAAGGCCCCCUUCCUCUCUGCCGCAGAAACCCGUCACCUUCUUCUACGCGAAUGGCAGCUCGGCCGAUAAGCGAACGACGAGCCCGCUGAUGAACCAGAACCAUACCUUGACACCUACCUUGGCCCCGACGCCGGAGCCCGUCGCGACCAAGUUCUUCUACGCAAACGGAACCCCUGACGUUCUGUCCAUGAGACCGCCUCUCGGGCCCUCCGCAUCCCCUUCAAUCGUCGCGGCCACCAGCUCGAGAGUGGUUCCCACCCGCUCUGCCACGACCACUUUCGCCCCCGCCAUCGUUCCAUCGGCCGUUCAGCGUCCAGCAUCUCCCAUCAAGGCGGCUUCGUUUUCGACCAUGCAGACGUUGAAGACCGGCCCGAUGAGCACCCCGUCACCUAUUCCUAUUCAACAGUCUCCCACAGUCUCCUCUCCACCCUUGACGUCGGCAACACCAAUGGUUGGCAGAAGGAGAGUGAGCGUCGACGCACCGCCCGGGGGGGUGAAGAAGGGUCAUGUGAGGCUGGAGAGCGUGCCGAGGGUUGAGCCGGCAGCGGUGCCUAGAUACGUCCAAUCACCGAAUCCUCACGACGUCGUUUCGCCUCCCCUCAGUCCGGAUGGCUUGCAGCAGCCCAUGACCUUGAUUUCGGUACUUCAAGCGGCGGACGAGCUGAAGGAGCAGGAUGAGGGGAAUGACGACGUCUUGUCAGAUCUCCAGGGCUCCAGCAAGUCCGCGGCGGAACCCAUCAGCGAACUCAUCGCCAACGCCAGGCGAGAGCGCAAGGUGCAAGAUCUCGAAAUCACCAAUGCCUCACUCGAGGCCAUAAACAGGACCCUGGAGAGGCAGCUGCGGAAGCAGACGGCGGAGCUACGCAGAUUUCGCCGCCUUUCCAGAUCUGGCCGGAUAUCCUUGGCCUCCGGUAUACCCAGCCGAGCAGUCUCCGACGCGCUCACCGACCCUCCCGUCGAUCUCACCGACAUGAUGGAGGACGGUGACUCGGAAGAGGACGAGGACGAGAAUGACUCGCUUGACAGUUUGGACAUCUCUAGCAACGAUUCCAUGUCGGCCGAUCACACCCUGUCCCCGGACACGAGACUCAACGCUCGGCGCAAACGAGAGGAACGACGACUCCAGCUCGACCUGACCAAGCACCAAGAGUUGCUCGUCGACAGCCAAAAGAUGAAUCAGAGCCUCAAACGAUGUCUCGACUGGACCGAGAAUCUCAUCAAAGAGGGCCAGAAGGCGCUCGAGUACCACGUGAGGGUGUCGGACGUGGAGCUGGGCGGUCGAGUGCUGGCGCCGCCGGACGAAGACGACGAAGAUAGCGAGUCGCUUGUCGUCGACGCGACCUCUCGCAGCUCAGACUCGGGGCUGGAGCAGUCAAGAGACAAAUUGGAGACAGAUCCGGAUAGCGGUGUCGAACUGCCCGUCGAUAGCUUCUAA